CCCUCUCCCUCUCUCUAUGCGCCGGUGUGCUUUUUAAUAGUCGGAGUUCCUCGAAGCCGCGUUGGUUUGUUUGCCCACCACCAUUCCGACACCUCCCGGCCGCCCGUUGCUGCGCCCCCUCGGCCGAAAAAAGCCGUUUGAAUGUACAACAUGAUGGAAACCGAACUGAAGCCUCCCGCCCCCCAGCAGACAGCGGGGGGAGGCGCGGGGGGCAACAGUAAUUCCGGGGCCAACAACCAGAAGAACAGCCCGGAUCGGGUCAAGAGACCCAUGAACGCCUUCAUGGUGUGGUCCCGGGGCCAGCGGCGGAAGAUGGCGCAGGAGAACCCCAAGAUGCACAACUCGGAGAUCAGCAAGCGCCUCGGGGCCGAGUGGAAACUUCUCUCCGAGGCGGAGAAGAGACCUUUCAUCGACGAAGCCAAGCGGCUGCGCGCCUUGCACAUGAAGGAACACCCGGAUUAUAAAUACCGACCCCGGAGGAAAACCAAGACGCUGAUGAAGAAGGAUAAGUACACUUUGCCGGGCGGGUUGCUGGCGCCGGGCUCCAACUCCAUGGGCGCGGGGGUCGGCGUGGGGGCCACGCUGGGCGCUGCCGGAGUCAACCAGCGGAUGGACAGCUACGCGCACAUGAACGGCUGGACCAACGGCGGCUACGGGAUGAUGCAGGAGCAGUUGGGCUACCCGCAGCACCCGGGCCUGAACGCGCACAACGCCGCGGCCGCCGCCGCCGCCGCGCAAAUGCAGCCCAUGCACCGCUACGACGUGAGCGCCUUGCAGUACAACUCCAUGGCGGGCUCUCAGACUUACAUGAACGGCUCGCCCACCUACAGCAGCAUGUCCUAUUCGCAGCAGGGGACCCCGGGGAUGAGCCUGGGCUCCAUGGGAUCCGUGGUCAAGACGGAGUCCAGCUCCAGUCCCCCCGUGGUCACGUCUUCUUCCCAUUCCAGGGCUCCGUGCCAAACCGGAGACCUCCGGGACAUGAUCAGCAUGUACCUGCCCGGGCCUGAAGUGGCGGAGCCGGCCGCCUCCAGCAGACUGCACAUGUCGCAGCAUUACCAGAACGCACCUGUGCCCGGCACGGCCAUAAACGGCACGCUCCCGCUCUCCCAUAUGUAAGACCCACGGGGGGUGGGCGAGACGCAAGGAAGGCGAGGGCGAGAAAUCUAGACCGAGCAACAAACUUUUAUUAGAAAUUCUGAACUUCUGACUCCCCCCCCCUUUCUCCCCUUCCUGUCCUCUUUUUCUGGGGGGGACACUAUUUUUGUACAGAGAAUAACUGGGUAGGGAGAAACCAAUCAGAUACAAAAAAAGAAAAAAUCCAAACCCAUCAAGGAACUUGUAUAGAUCUUUUUAUUUUUGUUUUCUCCCUCCCUCUCCUUUGGAAAGGGAUCCGACUCCACCAAACCUGUUCUUCCCCCAUCCCUCCCACCCCCACCCCCGAAGUUCCUAUGGAAAUGGUACUUUGCAGAAAAGGUUUUUAAAAGUAAAAAAUAAAGUCUUGACCCAUAAUCUUUAGAACUAGACUCCAGAAAGCGACGUAGGAAGGCGGGAGGGGGGAAGGGAAGGAGACUGGGAAAUGGGGGGAAAUGUUUUAAUAUUUGCAAGCAACUUUUGUACAGUAUUUAUCAAAAUAAACAUGGCAAUCGAAAAGCCCAUUGUUUAUAUUAAAAAGAGGGGGGGGGACCUUGAGAAUUUGCCAAUUAUUUUUAAAAUACAUCAGAGUCUACUUAAGAUGCUCUGAUAAUUGGAUAGAUGGAUUUAUAGCAGCUGCACAAAAAAGGAAGCUGAAUUUUAUUUUAAAACAAAAAUCUGGACGUUUUAAUUGUUUUAGCAAUUGUACAAAAGGUAAAAAAUAAAUAGAAUAAGUACUUGCAUACCAUUGAACUGGAACUGUUUUUUUAUAUAAAAGGGCAAAAGUUUAGGGUGUACUACAUUUUUUACACGUUGUUUAAAAAGCAAAAUUGUCUUGCAGGUUCACACACAUUUGUUAAUUUAAAUAGCUUUUUUGUUUUCAAACUUUCUCUUGUUCAGCUAAAACGACAGCAAAACAAUCUGAAAUUCUUGUGUUUGAAAUAUUUUCUUAUGGUUUGUAAUAUUUCUGUAAAUUUAUUGUGACGCUAUCUUAAGUUCUUUUAAUUUUUGUCCCUCCUCAUUUCCCGUAGUUGUACUCGGCUGUGUAUUAUCUGAAAUCAGUCCGCCGGCAGUCCAUGUGUAUGUGGGUGUGCAUAUAUGUAUAUUAUAUAUAUAGACACACACAUAUACAUACAUACAUAUAUAUAUACAUGUAUAUAUACAUAUACAUGGAUAUGUAUAUAUACACACAUAUAUAUAUUAACUAAUACCGUCCUUAUAAACAGGUACAUAUUUGAGUUAAGUUUUUACUCCAUUAUGCAGUUUGAGAUAAAUAAAUUUUUGAAAUAUGGACACUGAAA